AUGUCGGCAUUUCAGUAUUUGUGUGAUGUCGUCCUUGACGAAGGGUCUUACCACACGCACCACGGCCUCAGAUGCAUUGCUUUAGGGCUGAUUGUGUUCAAGCGCAUCUCGAACCGGUCCGAACUUUUCUUCAAAGUGACAGAGCACAGGCCACCUCGGAAACAGUUUGAGGAGGGAGCCUCCUUCCUUGCUUUCCUUGCGAAUUUCCUUGUGCAUUGUUUCGAUCUCAUCGGCAUCGGACAAGUCCGAGAGUUCGAUGCCGUAGUUCAAGUGCUUGACGUUCCCAAUGAGAUCCAGGUGGGCUACUCGCCCAUCGGCUUCGUGCGCUACGGGCGUGCUGCCUGCCGUGUUUCCGCCCUGAAGUGGAAGAUGAAGCUCGGCAAGGAGAUCAUCAAUAACCCACAAUCAUUGAAGUCCAACGAAAUCGCUGAAGGGACGUUCCAACCACUGCGCCCGCUGGUCCUAGACUCAUAUCAUCAUUGUGAACAGUUGGGGCGACUGGCACUGAUGGACGGGGACCUCGUGAUGAUGGCCAAAGUGGUGAGGGUGAGGCGCACGAAGGACGGGUAG